GUCACCUUGACUACGCGGCUAAGGACCCCGUGAGAAACGCUUCUUAUUCGGCUCGCGGAGUCCUCCAUGCCCACAGAGGUGCCCAGGGCGAAGCCUGGCGUGGCAAACAAAAUAAAAGCAGAGCCGACCGGCGGCGGGUGGGCCGAAGCGAGCUUCCAGCCGCGCUCCGGCUACCGCGACGGGCGGAGGCGUCGGGAGCUCCAUCUCUGGGAAGCAGCCUGCAGCCAAGCCAGCCGCGGAGCGCGCGCAGCGAGACGCCCGCUUCCGGCACCCCGCGCAUGCGCCCCGGCGUCCGGGAAGGCGGGAGGCCCCGGGCGAGCCUGGAACCGGAAGUGAAGGCCGCUUCCCGCCUCCGUCCCUGUUGCUGCCGCCAUACACGCUCGCAGUGCUUAGAGAACGAUGUGGACAAUGAGCUCUUGGACUAUGAAGACGAUGAGGUGGAGACAGCCGCUGGGGCCGAUGGGACCGAAGCUCCCGCCAAGAAAGAUGUCAAGGGCUCCUACGUCUCCAUCCACAGCUCGGGCUUUCGAGAUUUCCUCCUCAAGCCAGAGCUGCUCCGGGCCAUCGUUGACUGUGGCUUUGAGCAUCCAUCAGAGGUCCAGCAUGAGUGCAUCCCUCAGGCCAUUCUGGGGAUGGACGUCCUGUGCCAGGCCAAGUCAGGCAUGGGAAAAACAGCAGUGUUUGUCCUGGCCACACUGCAACAGCUGGAGCCAGUUACUGGGCAGGUGUCUGUGCUGGUGAUGUGUCACACUAGGGAGCUGGCUUUCCAGAUCAGCAAGGAAUAUGAGCGCUUCUCAAAGUACAUGCCGAAUGUCAAGGUGGCAGUGUUUUUUGGCGGUCUGUCUAUCAAGAAGGAUGAAGAGGUGCUGAAGAAGAACUGCCCACACAUUGUCGUGGGGACUCCUGGCCGAAUUCUAGCCCUGGCUCGAAAUAAGAGCCUGAAUCUGAAACACAUUAAACACUUUAUCUUGGAUGAGUGUGACAAGAUGCUUGAACAGCUCGACAUGCGUCGGGAUGUCCAGGAAAUUUUUCGCAUGACCCCCCAUGAGAAGCAGGUCAUGAUGUUCAGUGCUACCUUGAGCAAAGAGAUCCGCCCAGUCUGCCGCAAGUUCAUGCAAGAUCCUAUGGAGAUCUUCGUGGAUGACGAGACCAAGUUGACGCUGCACGGGUUGCAGCAAUACUACGUGAAACUGAAGGACAACGAGAAGAACCGGAAGCUCUUUGACCUUCUCGAUGUCCUCGAGUUCAACCAGGUGGUGAUCUUUGUGAAGUCCGUGCAGCGCUGCAUCGCCCUGGCCCAGCUUCUAGUGGAGCAGAACUUUCCAGCCAUUGCUAUCCACCGUGGGAUGCCCCAGGAGGAGAGGCUCUCUCGGUAUCAGCAGUUCAAGGAUUUUCAGCGGAGGAUUCUUGUGGCUACCAACCUAUUUGGCCGAGGCAUGGACAUUGAGCGUGUGAACAUCGCUUUCAACUAUGACAUGCCCGAGGACUCGGACACCUACCUGCACAGGGUGGCCAGAGCGGGCCGCUUUGGUACCAAGGGCUUGGCCAUCACAUUUGUGUCAGACGAGAAUGAUGCCAAGAUCCUCAAUGACGUGCAGGACCGUUUCGAGGUCAACAUCAGCGAGCUGCCUGACGAGAUCGACAUUUCCUCCUACAUUGAGCAGACACGGUAGAGGACUCACCCUUUCUGGACUGUGGCAGUCUGCUGUAGGAGGGGACGGGUCAGGAGGCAACACUACGGCCCACCCGACGCUGAUGCCGACGCCGACGCCUCGGCCUGUCCUAUCUAUGCUUCUCUCUGCAUCAGCACCACUCCUAAACCUAGUCCUGAUUUAUCAGAGUUGUUUGUUUGUUUGUUUUUGUUUUUUAACAAAACUAAGAAUGAAA